AUGGCAACAGAGGAUCCAAUAGAUUUUGCACACACUGCUAUUCUGCAGGUCGCGCAUAUCGCAUCUUCAUUGGGCGUGGAGUUGAAGCGACCGGUGUGUGCGCGUCUUGGGGCCGAAUUGUUGCUGGUCGCCGAUUACAUCGACACCGCUGGCCUAGACCAGGAGAAUCGACUACGACUGCGAAUAUCGAAAUUGCUACGUGACGUGGAAACCAUAUGUAAUUGGCCACACCAAAUACGAAAGAAUGGGUACCCGCUCCUGGAAGCCAUAGGGGAGUCUUUACAGGGAAUGAACUCCUAUGAGAGGGCCCAUCAUAAAAUCAGACGAGGCCUCGAUAAUCUGACUAAAGAUUCUCGCAAUACCGAGGGGGUCAUUACGCAUAUCGCAAAGUUCACGAAACGUGAUCGCAAAGCUUCAAGACGAGAUGUUAGCGAUGACACCGCCCCGACAAAACAAACAGCUCAACCCCAGUGCUCCAAACAUGCGAAUGAACUUGUUCACCGGGCGCUGAAAGAGGUUAUGUGCUGUACAUGCCAGAUCGACGGGCCUGGGGAAUCAACGCCAAGAGGACACCUAGUAUGUCUCUUGCUACAGCCGCCCUCGCAGCAAGGCACGGGCCAGGACCUGGUGCAAUUCGAUAUGCUGUUCUCGUCAACGCCAUUAUGGCAAGGAUUACGGUUGAGCCGCUGGCAGGAAGUGGGUUUACUUGUUCCAAGAAGCAGCUAUACAAGCACCAGGAAACGCGCCCGUUUCGCUGAUGCGGACGAUACGCCGCAAAACACGCCAAGCCUCCUUUCGUCGAGACGAUUUUCUCGAGUUGACAGAGGACAGUUUUGCCGUCUUAUAGGUGUCGAGGCUGACUCGCGACUUUGUCUCUCUGUUCAGAACGAAGAGCUUCAACACUGCUUUGAGCCGCCCAGACAGAAUGUGAAGCAUGUCCCCGGGAUUCCUCUAGCAACAAUACUCCGUAAUCAUCAUCUACCACCACGGAUGAAGGUUGUGUUGGCCUAUAUCAUUGCAUACUCUGUUUGGCAAUACUAUGACUCGGACUGGAUGAAAACCGAAUGGACAAGCGAGACCAUACAGUUCAUGCAGGAGGCUAGAGCUCCUGGUGACGUAGAAAAGGUAUAUACUUGGAAACCAUAUCUCUCAGUUCACUUUAACGGCGAUGAUCCGGAGUGUAAUGAGUUUAACAAAACCCUCGGGGUUGUCCACUACUACCCAAGGAUCAGAGCCCUUGGGAUUAUGCUGGUUGAGAUCGGCAUUGGAUUCCCUCUUUUCAAGGAGAACAAUCAGGACCAGCCCUUAGCUGCCAGAAUCAACAAGGAACUCCUCACGGCCCUCGAUUAUACGCGAGACCGCGCGCGGUGGAGAGAUUUUGAUUACCCAGGGUAUAUGAGCGCCAUCAGUCAUUGCUUGGAGCCGGAUACCUUCAACAUAGCACCAUUCGUCGAAGGUGCAAGCUCGCGGGAAUGGAAAGAGGGCCUGAAGCAACGGAGAAACAUCUUAUAUGAUAAAGUCGUGUUUCCCUUGGAAGAACUGCUCCAGGGCACCAAGUGGAUGAACGACUAUACAAAGAUCGACCCUUUGGAUUUGACUCGCCAAAAUACGAAAUUUGAACAAGCAGGGAUGCCCGAAGAUACCGAAGAACGGAAAGUUUCGAAGAAGAAGCGUAUCCCAACCGAGAAGGCCGCUGCCAGAUGGCUUUCGCGCCUCGAAGAUUUCCAUAAAGAGCUCGCUCAAGUCACAUCGAAAGUUGGUCUCCGCAACCCUGAACGCCGAGUGCGCAUUGCAAUCCUGGACACUGGGUAUGACGAGGGAGCCCCUUUCUUCUUUCUUCCUGGUAUCCAAUCGCGAUUAAAAGGUUGGAAGGAUUGGGUUGAUCGAUCCGAUACGCCUCAAGAUUGCGAUGGACACGGAACGCAUCUGGUAUCUCUGAUCAUGAAAUGUGCACCAGAGGCAGAUUUAUAUGUGGCACGUAUUGCCAAAGAUGCCAGAAACUUCUCAGAUUCCAGUGAGCAUAUUGCGAAUGCGAUCUCAUUGGCAAGCGAUGAUUGGAAAGCCGACAUCAUCUCCAUGUCCUUUGGUUUCGCAGACGAGCAACCGUGCAUCAGCGAGGCUAUCCAUAAGGCCCUGUAUCAACGUCACCACUCAAUUCUCUUUUUCGCAGCAGCAGCCAAUUUUGGUGGCAAUAGUAGAGAAAUGUUCCCCGCCCGCCAUGAUUCGGUCAUUUCGAUCCGCGCAACAAAUGCCAACGGCGAUUUCGAAGACUCUAAUCCACCAAAAAGCGAGGAUGAAGCAAAUGUCUUCGGCACAUUGGGCGUGGAUGUGCCCUCGGCCUGGCCGGAUCGUGCUGAUGAGGUUUGUAAGUCUGGCUCAUCAAUCUCUACGGCCAUAGCAGCCGGGAUCGCCGGAUUUUUGUUGGAAUACAUUGGUUCUCAUCCGCCCGAUAAGCCAUUUUAUGCUGUUCAGCGCCGAGCAUGGACACGCAAGGGAAUGCACGCAAUUUUCAAGGCUUUGGCCUCCGACACUUUGAGAGUCAAAACAGGGUACCUAUACCUGAAAGUAUGGGAUUUAAUCGGCCAGUCUGAGGAUUCCCGGUGGGCCAAGUUGGGGACAGCACUUUCUGAUCUUUGA